UGCCGUUGAUUUCUAUCACAGAAAUCGUAGCCCUGGCUGGCGAGGAUGUCAGUUUGCCAUGUCACCUUAAACCUGCAGUUGGUGCCAGUUCUGAGACAGUGGUGUGGACCAAACCUGGUUUGGACCCAAACUACAUCCAUGUUCAAAAAGAUGGACGACUUAUGUGUCAGAGCCAAAAUCCAUCCUAUCAUUAUCGUACAAGACUGUUUAAGGAUGAACAUGGAAACAUCUUCCUGAAACUCUUUGCUGUGAGAAUCUCUGACUCAGGAAAAUACUUUUGUUUCCUUCCAUCAAUACAGAAAAAAGCUUCCGUCCAACUUACUGUUGUUUCCAAUUGCGAGAAGUCAAGGCUGAUUUGUUCACAUCAACCAAUCGUAGCCCUGGCUGGUGAUGAUGCCAUUUUGCCAUGUCGGCUUGAACCUGCAGUCAGUGCCAGUUCCAAGACAAUAGUGUGGACCAAACCUGAUUUAAUCCCAAAGUACAUCCAUGUUCACCAUGAAGGACAAAUUAUGUGUCCGAGACAAAAUCCAUCUUAUAUUAACCGAACAAAUCUCUUUGAGCAAGAACUGAAAAAUGGAAACCUCUCCCUGAAACUCAGCUCUGUAAAAAUCCAGGAUGCAGGAAAAUACUUUUGCCAACUUCAAUCAAUGCAGGAGGAAGCUUCCACCCAACUCACUGUUGGUGCUGUCUCCACGCCCAUCAUACAGGUUGUCUUAGAUAACAGUGACACUGUGGUGUUACAGUGUGAGUCUGAAGGCUGGUAUCCAGAGCCUGAGGUGUUUUGGCUGGACGGUGAGGGAAACCUCCUCUCUGCUGGACCUACAGAGACAGUCAGAGGUCCUGAUGACCUCUAUACUGUCAGCAGCAGAGUGACUGUGGAGAAUAGACACAGCAACAACUUCACCUGUAGAGUCCAACAGAAGGACAUCAACCAGACCAGAGACACUCACAUCCAGGUUACAGCUCUGUCAGAGUUGAUUUGUUCACGUCAACCAAUCGUAGCCCUGGCUGGUGAUGAUGUCAUUUUGCCAUGUCACCUUGAACCUGCAGUCAGUGCCGGUUCUGAGACAGUGGUGUGGAACAAACCUGAUUUGGACCCAAAGUACAUCCAUUUUCACCACGAUGGACGACUGAUGUAUCAGUUUCAAAAUCCAUCUUACAAUUAUCGUACAAGACUGUUUGUGGAUGAACUGACUAAAGGAAACGUCUCUGUGAAAAUCUUCAGCGUGAAAAUCUCUGACUCAGGAAAAUACUUUUGUUUCCUUCAAUCAUUGCAGAAGGAAGCUUCCAUCCAACUCACUGUUGGUGUUGUCUCCACACUAAUCAUACACGUUGUCUCAAAUAACAGCAGCAGUGUGGUGUUACAGUGUGAGUCUGCAGGCUGGUAUCCAGAGCCUGAGGUGUUUUGGCUGGACGGUGAG